ACACACAUGGCUUCUUUCAACCUUCUUCCGCUCCACUAGUAUAGCUAUAGCUCUUCUGCCAUGAGAUUCCCUUCUCCAAAGGCUCAUAUGCUUUCUCCUCCCGUCUCUAAAGGUUGACCCCAAGGAGUAAAAGGAGCACCUGCAGAGAUCGAGCUAAGAACUCGUGGAGGGUGAGCAAAUUAAAGCCAGAGAGCUAGACAGGCACUGAGGAGAGUGAGUGGUGUUUGCAUAUCAGAGAGAAUAUGGAUAGAGGACUCGUCCACAAAUCAUCACCUCUAGUGGGGGAGAUGGGGGAAGGCCAUGGAUGGUGGAGCGUGAAUAAUUUGAGGCCCCCCUUUGAGCAGCACAAUCCUGCAGCUUCUCUUUUCUUGCCCUCCACCACCACCACGGCGUCCUCCUCCCCUCUCCAUUCUUUCUCCUCUCUGCUGCUCUCGAAUCACUACCCGCUGCCUACAACCAGCACUGCACCUUGGCAUGACACCAGCAGCAGCAACCAACAAGGCCAGCAGCUCCAGGAGCCAUGGAGCCAUCUCUUCACAUCAUCCAGUGGGGGACUAGCAAAUGGUGACCAGGACGAGAGGUACAAGAACUGGGAAGGCCAGGCGCUGCUUCAAGCUAGAACCACCGACGGAGAAGCAGCUGACGGGAGCAGCGCCGGCUACAUCUACAGCCAUGGGAGCAACCCCUCUGGUGAUGAAAUCCAAUUGGCAAUGUCCUCUCCGUCUCCGUGGGCAGGAGGUCUCCAUCUCCACCAUAACACCCAGCUGCAUCAAUCAGCCUCCUCCCCAAGGUCUUCCUCCAUCACCUCCAACACUUCCCUCGGAAGCAACAUGCUGGAGUUCUCAAACAACGGCUCGCCACGUGAGUGCAUCAGCACAGCAUCUGGAGCAGCUUUCAAGAAGGCUAGGACCCAAGAACCCUCCCCCCCUCAAUCUACCGUUAAGGUGAGGAAGGAAAAGCUAGGGGAUAGAAUAACUGCCCUUCACCAGCUUGUCUCCCCGUUUGGGAAGACUGACACGGCGUCUGUACUCCUUGAAGCCAUUGGGUACAUCAGAUUCCUACACGGUCAAAUUGAGGGUCUGAGCUCGCCUUACCAGUUGGGCGGCAGCAAUGGAAGCGGAGGAUGCUCCAAGCAGCAGCAGCACGAAGCCAGUGUGCAACAAGGAGAAAGGAACAGCAUAUUUCCAGAAGACCCUGGCCAGCAGCUGUUACAUGACAAAGCCACGAGAAAGAGAGGACAUUCUGACCUGCAGGAUGGAAGCAGCGGAGAGGAAUCAAAGAAGGACUUGAGGAGCAGGGGGUUGUGCCUUGUCCCGGUGAGCUGCACCCUGGACAUCGGCGGGGCUGACGCCGGCCCGGCGGACUACUGGACGGCGGCGCCGCCUUUCAACAUGGGGUUCGGCCUCGACCGUUAGAUUCAUGGACCCAUCAGAUCGAGUGUGGCUGUGUCACCACGGUUAAUUCGCCGGCUUGGAGAUUUACAUACAUCACAUGCCAUGCAUUGGGCUGCAUAACAUCAGGAGCAGUCAUCCUGCUGAAAAGAUCUUUAAGGCUGGUUCCUCUUGAUGCUAUGCAUGUGCAUGCCAUGCACAAGCUAGUGAAUGAUGCAUAUGCUUGGGUGCAUGCAAGCGAGUAUAUAACUGGUAGUGUGCGUGUGAUCUCUUGUCUAGAGAUUGAUCGAUUUGGAUGCCUGGAGAAGAUAUGUCGUCAGAGUCAGACACUAUAUAUAGCUAGUGUUCAUGAGAUAGCACUGCUUUUGUUAGUCACUCUCUAUGUGCACGCAAAUGCUUGUAGCCGGCCGUGCCAUGAAUUGCAUGGGUCAUGAGUGUGCGAUGUGUAUGUUUAAUUGUCCCAUUUAACCACGGUUGAUCUAGAAUUUCAUCUUGUGCA